AUGUCACGGCGCUUAGAGUGGUUGGGCAUGAGUGAGGUCUAUCUUAUAUUUACCGGAGGAUUACUCGUCUCCCAGGAAGAGAAUCUUGCGCAACGCAGACGUGCUCAGACUCCCAUCAGUGCGGUCUGUUUUUCACCAGCUGCGCACGAGCAUUGGAUUUGCAGUCUCCUGCCAAUCGGCGCAAGCACGGAACACCGUGCACAACGACCUACCGGUUCGCCAGUGGCAGUCGCCUCAGUCUGGGUGAUAACAUGGACACAUGGACAUAUACUCGACGUCCCGACCGACAUGUCAUUUAUGGAGCAGGAUGCCGUUCUUGGAUACCAGGACAGAAAUUGA